AUGUUAAUAAUUAUGACAAUAACAAAUUUCAUUAUCCGCGUUCAAACUGCAUUGAUUCGUCUUGAUAUUGAAUUAUUUUCUACUUACAGUGAAAUCAAGCUCUCUAAAAAAGUAUUUUCUUUCUUUCCAGAUUUUGAGAUCAUAUGCAAAUACAACGAAACAUUCAACCCUCCUAAAACAAAAAUGUUGCUUUUAUAUGAGAAUGAUACAACGCUAAACACGUUCGCUAAUAACGGUUUCUUACCUCAAACACCAGAGUAUAAUGACAUUCAACAUUUUCAUUCAACUGUUAUUCAUGGGAGAAAUAUGUUUGUAUCAGGUGACAACGCAAUAUGUACUCUUAAAUAUUAUUAUGACAUAGGAGACAGAAACAAUUUGACUGUUUCACCUUUUUUUAAUGGAACCAUAGUUGGGGAGUAUGAAAGUGUUGUUGCUAUAGGGCAUUUAUAUACUGCAAUAUAUGGGCAUUUUAUCAAUGAAAUAAUGGCUCCUUCACAAUUAAUCCCUGCUGAAAUUAGGAAAAAAUCGUAUAUUGUUGUUCAAGGAAACAGAAGCAUGUGUGAAGAAUUAGUCAGAGUACUUGAUUUUGAGGAUCGAAUUAUAUACUUAACCUGUGAUCAAUUUGUAUUUUGUCGUGAUCUUUAUACAGUUUGCGAUCCAAGAACUCAUGGUGGUUAUUAUGGCCCUUGUUUAGGAAAUUUGUCAAUUGUAGUAAGGAAGUAUUUUAAUUUAACUAAAAUCCAGCCCUUAUAUGUAGGAUUGCACAAAAGAAGAGGUCCUACACGUGUGAUUGCUAAUUUGAACGAAAUUAUUAAUUUUUCAAAAAAUCUUAAUGAAUCAAUACAAUUUAUGUAUGUUCCAGAUAUUACAAACACUACGCUUGAAAUUGCAAAAAUCCAUGCAUCUUUAAGAGUGUUGGUUGGAUCUACAGGAAGCAAUCUAAUUCGAAGUAUUUAUAUGCAUCCAUUUACUUGUGUCGUUCAAAUCUGUCCUCCUAGUUUUAAUUUUGCUGUCACCGUUCAAGAAAUUGUAUGCAACCUUUAUUCAAUAGUAGUUACAGAACCUAAAUUUUCUUUUAGAGAAAAAUCUCCUCAAUAUAUUAAUAUCACCAAAACAUAUAAAGCUAUAAAUAUUGCACUAUAUGUUACGGAACAUCACGAAUGGCCAAAUAUUUCGGAAUUUCAUUUAUUAAAGUAG